GAGUCGAUGUUAGCCCUUUUCUUCCAUCAAUUUUCUCGCCACGUUCCAAGGAUGUUCUUGUCCCACUUGUUCAAAACCUAGAAAUAAAAUCCCAAGAAAAGUUCCAUCCUCAUCAUCAAGAAAAGCGCAGUUGAGAUCAUUAAUUUUGAUCCUUGUCCCGUGGGAAAUGGCGGCGAACCUGACAAUCGGUUCCUUGGACGGGAAUUCUGGCCGGGAGGUUCCGCAGCUGAGAGCUCACUAUCAUGACGGGCGGUGGGAGAAUUUCAAUGGCGGAGGUGGGUUGAGGGAGAUUCAAGAAGCUCAGUUAAUUUCGGUGUUUGAUCUUGGGAACAACAAUGGAGGUUGUACUAGUGGUAGUUAUCAUCUGAGUACUAUCAGAGAAGAAGUAGAGGAAAGCGUGUUUUCGUUUGAUUUCCAGGAGAGAGGGGAAGAUGUGGUGUAUGUGGCGGUGGGCGGGAACAAGCAGACAAGCAUGGAUGCCUUGAUCUGGACUCUCAACCAUGCUGUCCUUAACCCUUCUUCUACUCUUGUGUUUCUCAUUCGCGUCUUCCCAGAGACCAAGUUUAUUCCCUCCCCCUUGGGAAUGUUACCAGUAAGUCAAGUGAACCCUGAGCAGAAGGAGAUUUACAUGGCCCAAGAAAGACGGAAGAGGAGAGAGUUUCUACGCAAGUUCUUGAUCGUCUGUUCUGCUUCCCAGAUUAAAGCGGACACCAUAGUCAUAGAAAGUGACACGGAAGCAAAAGCUAUACUCGACCUCAUUCCCAUUCUCAACAUAAGAAAGCUGGUCUUAGGUGCCACCAAGUCCACCGUCAGGAGGAUAUUGAGGUCAAGUAGGAAAGGCAACGGGGUGGCUGAUGAGAUAGUGCAGAAUGCACCUGAGUUCUGUGAGGUUAAGAUUAUAUGUGAAGGAAAGGAGAUGUCCGAGGUGAUGGCGGAGUCUCGUUCCUCCUCCUCCACUCUCUCACUCCGGAUAACUCAUCAGACUGCUCCAGGAUCAGCCCAAGACCAAGAACAUGUGGACGAGUCGUAUUCUUGUGGGUGUUUUAAUUUCGUUUUGAUUGAUCAGUUGCAAAGUCAAGAGCACAAGCGGGGAUAGCUCAGUUGGGAGAGCGUCAGACUGAAGAUCUGAAGGUCGCGUGUUCGAUCCACGCUCACCGCAAUCAUUUUUGUAUUUACUGCCACUGUAAAACUAUGUAGAGCAGUAUGUACGGUUAGGAUUCGAUCUCUUAGUAAAUGAUUUCUGGGUUUUGUAGAUCAACUGGUGUAAACAUUAUAGGCUAAUUCAUAAAAACAUUGGACUAGCUAGGUUUCUGUUGAUUUGCUCUGUACCAUAUUUUUAUGUUCUUGCAUCCGUACAUUGGUAA